AGUAAAAGGCGGAAGCCAAGGCGAGCUUCCUUGGAAGAUCUGAAAGGAGUUAUGGAAGUAGUUAAGUGCCCAGAGCAUGAGAAUUUCUGCUUUUUGAAGACGGGUGUUCGCGAUGGCCCGAAUAAGGGAAAGAGCUUCUACGUGUGCCGGGAGGACACGUGCGGCUUCGUGCAGGCCACUGACAUUCCUGUUUCCCAUUGUUUAUUUCAUGAGGAUUUUGUGGUAGAGCUUCAGGGUUUGUAUCUACCACAGGACAAGAAAGAAUACAGGUUGUUCUUCCGAUGCACUAGAAGUAAGAAAGAGGGGAAACGAUGGUGUGGAAGUGUUCCAUGGCAGGAUCCUAAUUCUAAAGAACAUCCUGUCACCAGUAAGUGUCACACCUCUGAGCCAUUUCCUCAUCCUUCCAGCCAGCUGAGAAACCCAUUCAAGGUGCUUGACAAGAAUCGAGAACCAACUCUUUGGAAACAGUCCAUCCAAAGGGAAGGUGAGAAAAAGCCAGAUGAUAGGAAGCCAAGGGAAAAGGGAGACCAGCUCUUAGAUCAAAAGAAGGUGCAGAAGCCUGACUCUAACUGCCAGAUGGAGAAAGGCCUCUCAUGUAGCCUGGUGAUAAAGAAAAAGCAACCUGGAGUUCAAGAGAAUGAGCAAGGGGAAAGAAUAGAGGCUCAGUGUGGAGAGGAGGAGCCUGAAGGAAAUGCCUCCGAACAGCGCAAUGGAAAUGAACUGAGAGCAGCAUCCGUGUCUCCUCAGGAGAAGUCAGAUGGUGAAUUUCAGGAUGUCCAAAACAAAUCAGACCUUCUGAGAGGAAAGAAAGCCCAGCUUCUACCUCGAACUGUUCACUGUCAGAACCCAGUAAACCAGCCCCAGAAAGAGGGACACCUCAGCAAGGCUCACCUCAAGAACUGCAAGGCUAAGGAAUCAGAGGCAAAGGAUGGCCCAACUACACAGAACUUCCAGAAAAGGCUCCCCCGGGAGCAUUGCCAGGCCCAGGUGGAAGCCCAUGGGCCUGAUCAGAAAGGACCAGUGGCACCAGGGCUUUCUCUGGGAGAGGCUGCCUCUAGCAGUGAUGAUAGUGAGGAAGAUGAUGUUGCUUUAGCUUCUGGUAGGCCAGAGAGCCCACUACUCUUUGCCUCGACGAUGGACAAAGAAAAGAAGGACAAUCUUCCCCUCCCUGAUCAAAGUGCGCAAAGAAAAAUACCUAUAGCCACAAGUAUUUCCAGCAAGGUAGAACCCUCCAGCUCAGCAGCCCAGCAUGUGUACCUUACCACACAGCUCAGACAAAAGAAGAGCACAUUGGCAUCAGUGAACAUCCAGGCUCUUCCAGAUAAGGGUGAGAAGUUAUUAAAGCAAAUCCAGGUGUUGGAAGAAGCACUUGGUGCCCUGACCCUCUCCCCAGAGCAAGGAGCUAAUGAGAAUAGUAAUGCUCAAGCAUCAAAACAGAGCAACUUCACCAAAGCUGCCACUGACCCUCCCCAAGUGGUGCCUGCCCAACCCCUUCCGGGUCAUGAUCUUCAGCCUCUGGGAUCUCUAGGACUGAAGGCAGCCUGUCAGGGAGCUGCUGGAGGCCCUAGAAACCAAGAUCACUAUUAUGCAGUGUGGAAAGUCACAAGUGAGGCCAUCGAUGAGCUGCAUCGAUCACUGGAGUCCUGUCCUGGUGAGACAGCGGUGGCAGAAGAUCCAGCUGGCUUGAGGGUCCCUUUGCUACUGCACCAGAAGCAGGCAUUAGCCUGGUUACUAUGGCGGGAAAGCCAGAAGCCACAGGGAGGGAUCCUGGCGGAUGAUAUGGGCUUAGGAAAAACCUUGACAAUGAUUGCACUUAUCCUGACCCAGAAAAAUCAAGAGAAAAGCAAAGAAAAAGACAAGGUGGCUUUGACGUGGAUUUCCAAAAAUGACUCCUCUGUCUAUACUUCCCAUGGAACACUAAUUGUCUGUCCUGCUUCCCUGAUCCAUCACUGGAAAAAUGAGGUAGAGAAACGUGUGAACAGCAACAAACUAAGAGUCUAUCUCUAUCAUGGGCCAAACCGGAAUCAGCAUGCAAAAGUCCUCUCUAUGUAUGACAUCGUGAUUACUACUUACAGCCUUCUGGCCAAAGAGAUUCCCACAAAGAAGCAGGAGAAAGAGGUCCCAGGUGAAAACCUCAGUGUGGAGGGCUUCUCAACACCUUUGCUCCAAAUAGUCUGGGCUCGAAUCAUACUGGAUGAAGCUCACAAUGUGAAGAAUCCGCAAGUGCAGACGUCAGUUGCUGUGUGCAAGCUGCAAGCCCGUGCCCGUUGGGCUGUCACUGGAACCCCCAUUCAAAACAACCUGUUGGAUAUGUAUUCACUGCUGAAAUUUCUCCGCUGUUCUCCAUUUGAUGAGUUCAAUCUGUGGAAAAGUCAGGUCGACAAUGGUUCAAAGAAAGGAGGAGAGCGGUUAAGUAUUGUAACCAAGAGCCUUUUGCUGAGGAGAACAAAAGACCAACUGGACUCCACUGGCAAACCCUUGGUGGCAUUGCCCCAGCGUAAAUUUCAGCUACAUCAUUUAAAGCUUUCCAAAGAUGAAGAGACUGUGUACAAUGUCCUUUUUGCAAGAUCAAGGUCAGCUCUGCAGUCCUAUCUAAAAAGACAUGAAAAUGGAGGAAACCAAUCUGAAAGAAGCCCUGAUAAUCCAUUCCAUAGAGUGGCACGAGAGUUUGGGUCCAGUGAGCCCAGGCGCCUGGUGGCAGCAGACUUGCAGAAAUCCAGCACUGUCCACAUCCUGUCCCAGCUGCUGAGACUCCGCCAGUGCUGCUGUCAUCUUUCUUUACUGAAGUCGGCCCUGGAUCCCUCGGAACUGAAGAGCGAAGGCCUUGUCUUGUCCCUGGAAGAGCAACUCAGCGCUAUGACCUUAUCUGAACUCCAUGAUGCAGAGCCAUCUCCCACUAUUUCCCUUAAUGGGACAUGCUUCAAGGUGGAGCUUUUUGAAGACACACGAGGGAGCACCAAGAUAUCAUCUCUGUUGGCAGAACUGGAGGCAAUCCGAAGAACCUCAGGGUCCCAAAAGAGUGUCAUUGUCUCUCAGUGGACCAGCAUGCUGAAAGUGGUAGCACUGCACCUUAAGAAGCAUGGACUGACUUAUGCCACCAUCGAUGGCUCUGUCAACCCCAAGCAGAGAAUGGACUUGGUAGAGGCAUUUAACCACUCCAGGGAUCCUCAGGUUAUGCUAAUCUCUCUCUUGGCUGGAGGUGUUGGUCUAAAUCUGACUGGAGGAAACCAUCUUUUUCUUUUGGACAUGCACUGGAAUCCAUCCCUUGAAGAUCAAGCUUGUGACCGAAUUUACAGAGUAGGGCAGCAGAAGGAUGUUGUCAUACAUAGAUUUAUUUGUGAAGGGACAGUGGAAGAGAAGAUCUUGCAGCUUCAAGAAAAAAAGAAAGACUUAGCCAAACAAGUUUUAUCAGGAUCUGGAGAGUCCUUCACCAAGCUUACCUUGGCUGACCUCAAAGUCCUUUUUGGCAUCUAAUCUCCUAUCUGCAGGGUGCAGAACAGUGCCAUUGCUGGUUUGAAUUAGGAUCUGGGAAAAACACCCCAGCCCUGAUCCCUGAGCUCUGUUCUUGCUUUCUAUUUCACCUACAAGCCUUAUAUACUCCUCAAAAUGAGGCAUAAUCUUUAUCUCUAGAAGUGAGGAUGGGUUAUUGUGUUAAACGUUUGGUUAAUCAAUUAUGUUAAUCAAUCAGCUUGCUUUGAGCCACAUAGAAACCAAUCAGUUAUUUCAGUUAGACAUAGACGACUCUGGCAAAGCCGUGCAUAAGCUUCUGCAAAGCUCAGAAAGCCCUGCAUUGCCUUCCUUAGCUCAGCUGGUACAAGAACCCUUCUUACCAUCUCCUCUAUUAGAGGCUCCUGUCUUCUUGCUGGUCCUGCCCACCUCAUCUUGGGCCUGUAAGCAUUUCAAUGGGCUGAGAAGAACAGCUCCCUUAGCCAGCCAUUCCUCUGCAGUUGUCUCAAUCCAGGCAAUUUUUCCUUUCAAGCUUAAGGUCAAGGAGAUACUUUGCACAUAAACAGAUGUUGAGUCCUGUAUCCUUACUUCAGUGUGUAUCAGUGUGUAACAUUACUUCAUUAGUAUCACUGUGUCAUUUAGGGUUUGCAUCACUGUAUCAUUUAGUAGUAUAUCAGUAGUGUAUUAUGUAGUGUGUCAGUGUGAAUAUCACUUAAUCACUGUAUCAUUUAAUAUUUGAACCAUGUAUCACAGUAUUUCUAUCAUAUCAGUAUUUGGGACCAUGUUAACAGGUGUACCAUAUUUUAGUUAUUAGUAGGAUUUAGUAUUAUGUCAUUUAGAAUUUAUUGAAUCAUUCAGUAUUUGUGUUAUCAUUCUAUAGUGUAAUAAAUACACAUUUGACAUUGUUGCAGAGAUAA